AUGCGGUACACUGGUUCAUAUGCGCCUGGGUCGUAUCGGCGCAAGGUGAGAAAGAAGAGUGUUCGCCCGUGUGUUCAAGGAUCGAGUAGAUUGAGAUCGAGGAGGGAUGACCAGGGACGCGCCGAACGUGCAGAGAAGACAUCAAAUGAAGCACCACUCGCCUUACGACGCAUGCCUAUAGUGGUGAUUCCUCGAAAACGGAAAUACAAAAACUAUGUGUCCCGUCGUCGGAAUACACACCUUUUGGCUAGCCUGCGCAAGUGCGUCUCUGAUCCGCACAUGUACCGCAGUUUCAAUCAUUGGAAAGGUCUGUGGCGAGAGUUUUCACCCAUUGGGGAGCUCACUUCUCCUUCAGCUGAUAUCCCGCGGCUAAUCGAUGAGGAAGAUUCCCCUCGAACACCUGUUGUUACCACUGUCGUGGUUGCCCCGACAGUGGAUGCAAGAAGAUCACCGUUAUUCAAACACGUUUCUGAGAAAAUCACGCAAAUGAAAAAGAACGAACUGAGUCAAGUUUCUCUACGUAUUCCUCAUCCGCCCGGAAAAGCAAUCAACAUACCAGGUAGACGUCCAUUCAGGAAGGGAUCACCGCCUAAAACUGCGUUGAUGUGUUCGAUCGCCAAUAGUUCAAAGAAGCAAGCACUGGAUACAGAGAAUCGUGUGGAAGGACAUAAUAAUAACCACUCAGAAAAAAAGGACAACAAAGUUGGGUCAUCUGUGGAGGCUACUGCAGUGAAGAGUCCAGUUCUUCCAGCUCUGGAGAAAUCAGGAGCUCCUUCACCUGCAAGUUUUCCAAAAGCUUCUCCAGAAUCAUUUGGUGAUAAACCUGUGGUGACUACGAACAAGAAAACAAAAGAUCCGUCUAAUUUUUUCUUUGUCGAGCCCGCACCUUCGGAGCAGUGGAAAUUUGCAGCAGCAACACCAUCGGCGCCGAAAGUACUGAGGAAGGCAUACGGUUCAAGAAGUGGUACAACAAUUUGUGCAAUCGGCUCAUCACUCACUGCUGCGUCAGCAAAUAACGUCAACACUGAAGACAACACUCAACGUGUCAUUGAAAAGAAAGUAACACUUCGAAAAAGGAUGGAACAAGCCAAGGAAACCGCUGCUGUGCCGAUCCCAUCCAAGUGUCAGAUGGAUAUCGGAGAGAAGUCGAGUCAAGCAGAUGAACAAAAGGCCAAGAAAACGGUGAACGCGAUAGCCGCAGCGUUCUCCACUCAGUCCGUUUCGGUUGAUGUACCAGAAAACGCCAACAUGGAAGAGAAGAAAGAAGUCGAGAAGGACGCCGCUAUUCAGCAAGUGCCUGUAAAGAGUGUAACGUCGACUACUGCGAAUUUAUUGGCUCAACUUCAGCUUCCGCCCACCGUUUCAGCCAAAGUUGAUAAGAUUAUUGCUUCAGGGCAGAAGUCAAGGCUGCAGAAAUUAAAUGAUCAGCGGGCACGCAUGAAGGCUCAUCUCGACCGGCAAGUCACCGGAGUGUUGCCUGACGAUGACGAUGGCCAUCUAAUUUUUAAGAAGAACGACAUACUUCACGGACGAUGGGAGCUUCGUGAGGAGCUUGGAGAAGGGACUUUCGGGAGAGUAGUUAAGGCCUACGAUAAGCAGAGGGACAAGAUGAGGGCUGUGAAGAUUGUACGCAAUGUCCAUAAAUACCGUGAUGCAGCUUAUUUAGAAAUCAAAGUGCUCACGAAAUUGAAGCAGUUGGACCCGAACGGGACACAGUAA